AUCUGCGAGAGAGGAGGAGGGAGGGGGUAUUCCGAGCCUGGAGCGCUUGGCGUCGAGGGGCGACGGGGGAAGUGUUGCUUUUCUCUCUUUCAAUUAUCUUGAUUAAUGAGUUGUCGCUGAGGGAAGAAAAAUAAGCGCAGCAGCAGCACCGGGAAGGCCAAGGCGGGCAGCGCGGGCAGCCCCACCGCCGAGAGCCACCAACCCCUCCUCUCCAAACGCCCCCGCCUUUCCUCGCCUCCCGCGUCGGACCUUUACUUCCCCGCCCAUGGAGACCCCUCUGCUCCCCUCCCCCUGACUUAACCCCACCAGGUCAACCUCAGCCGACGACUUCCAAGGCCUGGGAAAAGGCGCUAUACCAGUUCAGGGUCUCGCCAUUGAAACCUCGUGGACACUUCCGACGGAGCCGGUGGAACCGACUUCCAAUGGCGAGGAGGAUCCCAGGCGCUGGACCCCCCCCCCCAUAUAAUCUGUUAGAUGCGACGAAAGAAACAGCCCCCGACGUGAGAAGCGCGUUGACCUGCGCCCGUGCGUGCGCCCCGAGGAGCCGCGGGUCGCCUCCGGCCCUCCACGGCCAGGCCCGGCCGCUGGGACGAUGGGGAGCAAAGCGCUGCCGGCGCCGAUCCCGCUGCACCCGUCUCUGCAGCUGACCAACUACUCCUUCCUCCAGGCCGUCAACACCUUCCCGGCCGCCGUGGACCACCUGCAAGGCCUGUACGGCCUGAGCGCCGUGCACACGAUGCACAUGAACCACUGGACGCUGGGCUGCUACGCCGCGGCCGCCGCCACGGCCGGAGGCGGCGGCGGCCCGGCCGAGAUCAGCCGCUGCUCGGCGCUGAGCGAGAUGGCGGCGGCGCAGGGCCUGGUGGAGCGCUUCCCCUUCCCGGCGCUGCCCUUCGCCACGCACCUCUUCCACCCCAAGCAGGCGGCCGCCAUCGCGCACGUCCUGCCGGCGCUGCGCAAGGAGCGGCCGCGCUUUGACUUCGCCAACCUGGCGGCGGCGGCCACGCAGGAGGACCCGCCCAAGGCGCACCAGGCCGCGGCGGCGGCGCACGGCGAGCUGGCCAAGCUGAGCGGCCCCCUGUCGGCGGCGCUGGGCAAGCUCUCCCCGGACCGGAAGCCGGCGCGCGGCAGGCUGCCUUCCAAGACCAAGAAGGAGUUCAUCUGCAAGUUCUGCGGGCGCCACUUCACCAAGUCCUACAACCUGCUCAUCCACGAGAGGACCCACACGGACGAGCGGCCCUACACGUGCGACAUCUGCCACAAGGCCUUCCGGAGGCAGGACCACCUCCGCGACCACAGGUAUAUCCAUUCCAAAGAAAAACCGUUCAAAUGUCAGGAAUGUGGGAAAGGAUUUUGCCAGUCCAGGACUCUAGCAGUUCAUAAAACUUUACACAUGCAGGAAUCUCCACACAAAUGCCCCACAUGUGGAAGAACCUUUAAUCAAAGAAGUAACCUGAAAACUCACCUUCUCACCCAUACAGACAUCAAGCCCUACAACUGUGAGCAGUGCGGCAAAGUGUUCAGGCGAAACUGUGAUCUGCGGAGGCACAGUCUAACUCACACCCCGCGGCAGGACUUCUAGAACCCUCCACAGGGAGCUAACUCUGGCUCAAAGGACUUGAACUGUAGAGAAAUCUUUAAGCCCAUGCACAUGUGGACAGAUGUAUGCAGGGCCCCAUCCUCCCUCCCUUGGCUCCUGCCAAAAGCAGCUGGGGUGGGCAGCACAGGGGAAGUGACAGCAGCCCCAAUCUGCUUUCCUCGGCCCAAGAGCACCUCUUGUAGAUAAUAACAUCGCAGCUCAUUUUAGAGCUCUGUACAGAAACUGUGGCGUCAUGUGUGUUUGUGUACUUCCUUUUUUUUUUUUUGUCUUACCAAAUGCACAUUGGUAACAAGGACAACGAGAGUGAAAAAAUAUUUUUAAAAAGUGUAUUGCAAAGUAAACCAGUUUCCCCCCAACUCUCUCACGUUUGAUAAUUAAUGAUUCCACGGACAGUGUGGUUAUUCAGUCCUUCUUUUCGUGUCAGUUAAAAAUCAGGAGAGUCCGGUAACUGAAAGGUAAAUGGCAUUUCUACUUAA